UAGGCAUUAUUUUAAAGUAAAUUAUUUAGUUAAAAUUAUUUUUCUUGUUACAUGAAGUGGGAUUGGUUGUACAACAGCAGAAGUGGAGCGCCUUCGUUUUUUGUUUGUUUACUGUAGCUUGUAGCUGCAAUGAUAGCCGAGUAGUUAUGCCCAGUUUUUUCUUUAUAUACAGAGAAGUACAUUCAGACACACUGUAGACUAGCUGUCAGUAUUACUCGAGGCCGAGAUGAUCGAGGUGGUGGCCUCCAUGGCCCGAGGCCCCGUGUUUCUGGCCGGGGAGCUCAUGGAGUGUCUCAUAACAUUCACCAACCCGAUGUCUCAUCUGUCCACAUCUGCGAGCAGUGAGAUGUUGGCGUGGGCCAGCGCUCAGAUCCACUGUCAGUUUCACGCCAGUGAGAACAGGGUGGCCCUGCCCGCCCGGGGCAACAAACAGGAUGUCCAGGCUGGCAGYGACACCGUGCUCAUACCAAGCAGAGAUUCGUACAGCGAGGUGGUGCCCAUAGAUGGGCCUCCCAGUUUCCGCGGUCAGGCGGUGAAAUACGUCUACAAACUGACCAUCGGCUGUCAGAGAGUCAAUUCUCCCAUCAAACUGCUCCGGGUCCCMUUCAGAGUUCUGGUUCUGCAGGGCAUGCCAGAGCCUCCGUUUCCUCAGGACGAAGAGGUUUCUCCCUCAAACCCAUUUCUGGAGGAGGAGGAGGCGAGCCGCAGAGACGCCCGAGCUCUGGAGAGAGCCCUGGACCUGCUGAUGGUCACCACCUCCMGACGCUGCCCCCACAUGUUUAAUAUCACCAACAUGCGCGGGAAAGUGGCGAAGUUCUGCAUCUUCAAGACUGUUUACAGACUUGGGGAGGACAUCGUYGGCACUUUCGACUUCUCCGAAGGAGACAUUCCUUGUUUACAGUAUUCGGUGAGCCUUCAAAGYGAGGAGGAGAUCCAGGAGCAGUACCAGCGGCGACCAGGACAGGCCAUCAGUGUGACCGGACACGGCCGACACCUGGAGUCCUGCCUCCACACGGCCUCCAGCCACUUCUCGCUUCCCAUCCCCCUCAACGUCACGCCAGGGUUCAGCACAGAUAUAGUGACCCUGCGCUGGCGCCUGCACUUUGAGUUCGUCACGGCCCGGGAGCCCAUGGAGCCGCCCACAGUUCUGCAGAACCAAUCGGAGGUCACGGUCUGGGCCGGGGCGGAGCACGUGGACGUGGACACGUUCAGCUGGAAUCUGCCCAUCAAAGUGCUGCCCACCAACCCGGCGCUGGCGUCCUACGUGUCCCAGUUCACAGGGACCAACAGCAUUAAUAUUUAAGAUUUGUCAGCUUGGUUGUCAGGACUGAAGUGCUUUCAGAUUUUGUCAGAGCUCUGAGAUUUUUCUUUUUAAAAGAAUUUGUUUGUAUUUAUAUUUUACUUUUGCAUCGACACACUAGCUUUGUCUCAUUUUAUGAAAGCAGCAUACAUGAUUUUUUUUCUGCAAAGGCAAUUUUUUUGCUUUGAGAUGUAAAAACUAUGAGAGAAGAAAUAAAACUGUAACUUUUCAA